UUACACCUCUGACUCCUGUGAAUCAUAAACUGAUCCAGGUUUUGAGCGAAGGUUCGAACAGGACAUGACAAAGGGUCACUGUUGCGAUUGGAUUAGCACCUUACCAGACUCAAUCCUCUGUUUCAUCCUCUCUUUUCUCUCAACCAAGCAAGCCGCUGCCACCAGCGUCCUCUCCAAGCGGUGGCAGCCACUGUGGCGUUCAGUCCCCACUCUCGACUUGGAUGACUCCAUCUACUAUGACAGAGCCAAACAGGGUCAUGCUCGUCUUGUUCAGCCUGUUUCUGCACUCGUUCAUCUUCACCAUCCCAUCUACAAAUUUCGCCUCAGGUGUAUCUCUCCUUUCACUGAUCCUGCAAAUAUCACCACAUGGGUCAACGCUGUUGUGCAACGCGGAGGACUUCAACACCUUGAUCUCUCCAUCGAUCGCAAGUAUCGGGAACCACACAUCAACUUGUCUUCCAUUUUCAGUUGCAAAACUCUGGUGGUUCUCAAGUUGAGGGGUAGCAAGAUCACCAAGUUGGAACCUAUUUCCUCUGUUUACUUACCCUCCCUUCAAGUUCUCCAUCUACAAGGUUUGACUUUCUCAGAAUUUGGUUGUCUGGCCAAGCUUCUUUAUGGAUGCCCAGUUCUUAAGGACUUUAAAGAAAGUCAUUUAUUGUUUGAAAAUGAUUUCUUGAUUGAUGAAGAUAUUGUCACUGACAUAGAAUUUAAAGCCUUGCCCAAGUUGCUGAAAGCAGAUAUUUCUGAUUUCCAUACAAAGAUUAUGUUGGAAGUGGUUAAUAAUGUCAAGUUUUUGCACAUAGAUGAGAUUGAUGGUAUUCUUGUUGAAGGCACAAGCCCCUACAUUUUCCCCAUGUUUCACAAUUUGACCCACAUUGAACUUGAAUAUAGCUAUUACUAUUAUAAUAAUGAUUGGUCUGAGGUAGUGGAAUUGCUCAAGUCUUGCCCCAUGCUUCAAGUUCUUGUCAUUUACCAGCCAUAUUUUGAUGACCAUGUGUCUGAUCUACCUCAAGAAACAGUAUACCCACCAUCUAUGUUACAUCUUAAAAGAUGCACCGAAGAAAGAUUUAAAUUUGCAAGGUAUAUAACAGAAGAUUCUAAAGAAGAUGACAAUAUGCAGUGGCAUUGGGGAAGGCUUGAGCCUGUGGUAUCUGAACUCAAAUGAGCCUGCAGGUUUUCUAUCUUCUUUAAGUUUACCUGAAAUAUGUGUUUUCUAUGUGCAUGUUUGCUGAGGGAGAACCUAGAUCUGCCUCUCUUGAGCUUUUGGUAAAGGGAGUCAAAUCAAAGUGUUAUGUGCAAAAGCAGUGGACAUGAACUGUUUAGUUUAUCACUCUAUGUAGUCUGGUACAUACUGGAGUAUUUAUAGAUGAACAACAUUACAUUCUCAUAUAAAAAAGCAAUUUAAUCAGUUCUGUUCUUUAUGUAUGUUGAAUGGCUAUGCUCUGUAAUUUUUAGCUGUAAUUUAGUCCAUUGUUAACUAACUAUGAACUUAAGUACAUUUUGCAUGUAUUGUAUCCUUGGAUCCAGAGCUUGUAUGUUAUGCAGACAUAUUGUGUUUUCCUUUAA